UUUAAUCUCGACGAAACCGCGUGAAAAUGUAAUACGUCUGAAAAUAAUGUUUGAUUUUAGAGUGGUUUUAAUCUUGCCAUUCCUUUUUAUUGCAGUUUUCAUCAAUUUAAUAGCUUUUAAAACUUUUAUCUUUACAUCGAUAUCCAUUUUAUGUGCGAGUGUAUUGUUCGAAAGAUGGUCGUCGAGUGGUUGGAUUCGCGCGGAUAAGAGACUGCAAAAGAAACAAAAAAGUGGCGAAAAGGAAAGAUUCUCGGUUACGAAUGGUGGUUUUUCAAACAUGUUUUUCAACAGGUCAUUCCAAGAUAAAUCAAAAGUGAACAAAUCAACUACCAGAUCGCCAUGGAAAGUUGGAUCAAGUUCGCCGCCGCUGGACAACAGAAUUCGAAAUCGUAAUGCCGUUUCAAGAAACCAUUCGUUUGCUGGUAGGAGGUCAGAUUUUAAUAAUUCAAAGAUCACGGACAGUCGCUUAACAUCCAUUCCUUUUCUACCUACCGUGAGAAAAGCUCUUGGUCUCGAUAAUGUAUCCAGAAGCCCUCUUACAAAAACUCCAGAAGUUGCAGCAGCCUAUCCGGAGAGGCCAAUGGCUGGCUUUCUACCUGCAGUUAGACUGGGAAGACGAGAGCGACCCCUGUUUUCUCCAAGCUCCAGAACUUUAGGGAGAAGCCCAAACACAGUGAAGAUAGCUCCUCCUAAUGCAAGAAGAAUUAAUAAUGCAAGAUUAUUCCAAGUAAAAAAUGAAAAUGCAAAGACUACACCAAACACACAAGCUGUGUUGUCGGCCUUAAAAGAGAAAAGUAGGAAAAGAACCAUGGAAGGAUUGGAUGUCACUAUAUCAGAUGUUCAAGGGCAAAUGGCAAAGCGAAGGCGUCAAGAAAGCCAGCAAUCUAAUGCCUCCACCUCUUCUCUCCCCUCUCUGCCUGAUAAUCUUCCUGACCUUUCCACCCAAGGCUACACUAUUCCCCGUCUGAAGACCCCCACCCUCAAACGCACUUUGAACAUGACCAAUUUAUCAGAUACAGAUUGGGAGGAUAAUGAAAGAGAGAACAGCCAGAAACGACCUCGCCGGGAAGCUCAGUAUAAUUCCAUUGCUAGCUCACUCAGUUCCAUGCGAAGGAUUAAGGAGAGACAGGCUGUUAUGAAAAGGAAAAAUGAUUCCAAAGAAAACUCUGGCUUGGUAGAAGACAGAUCUGGUCAGAACUCACCUGUCACCAAGAAGCCAUCUCUACAAAGUAUGGAAACUGUCCUGUUGCCAGAAAAUAAAGACAUCCCUGUUACAAGAGCUCAGAAGACAGAAGAUGUCUCAAAAAGUCAGCUGUCUGAUUUGGAAACAUCAGUUGCAGAGUUUCUUGGACAGUCAGGGACACACAAAUCUGUAAGAACACCUAAACGAGUAGCUCUAUCAGAGAAAGUGUCAGCCAGAAAAAGAGACAUGUCCCUGUAUGCAGGUCUCAAUAAGACAUAUGAAAAUGUUCCACAAGCUAAUGUUAUAGCUAAGAUAGAGGAUUAUGAUAAGGACAGAAAAGAAGAGGAAAAGAGAGCACAGGAGAUGAUGGCAGAGAUUGGAGAACCAGAGAAAGAAGUAACAGCAGCAGAGACUACCAGCUCCACUACUGUUUCAACAGCAGCUCCAGCAUUAACUUCAGCUGUUUCUCCAUUGGCUAAUAUCACCACCCCAGUAACUCUUGGAUCCACCACACCUCUUUCUGUGACCAGCUCUUUACCAGUUUCUAGUACAAUGGCUUCCUCUGUAGCCUCCCCAACCCUGUUUUCUGUUAAUACCACCACAUCUUCCAACUCUGUCUCACCAGCCAGCAAACCUCUGGCUUCAGCUGGAUUUUCAUUUGGUGGCUCUCCAAGUGUUGGUAGUGAUGUUAGCAAGUCUAGUUCCAUGGCCAGUCUGUCUAGUAGUACAUCCACUGUGACAAGUGCCUCAGGGGCUAUAUCCAGUGCUGCACCCUUCAGUUUCCCAACUGCAGCUUCAUCUGCAACAAAAACUAGCCCUGUGUCAGGUUUUCAGUUUGGACAAUCACUAGCUACAGCAGCUGUCUCCACAUCCUCUACUCCAGCUUCAACUACCAUAUCAGGAAUACUCUCUAGUGGACCAAGCUGCACCAUCACAGCUUCCAUAUCAGCUCUAUCUCCUGUAUUUGGAGGACAAACAAAUUCACUCAUAUCUUCUUCCAGUGGUCAAGGAGGUUUUAAAACAGGUGGACAGGUUUCAGCAACCAGCAGUGCUGUAUCUGCAUUACCCACCAUUGGUACACCAGGAGGAUUUAGCUUUGGAACCCAAAGUUCCAGUGCCUCGACACCAAUUACAGCCACCACUACAUUAAGUGUUGGAGGAUUUAGCUUUGGAGGUCAAAGUUCAAGUGCAUUGUCAUCAGCAAGCAGUGUUACAACAACUAAAUCAACAGCAGGAGGAUUUACAUUUGGAGGUCAAAGUUCAAGUGCAAUAUCAUCAGCAAGUAGUGUUACAACAUCUGAAUCAACAGGGGGAGGAUUUAACUUUGGUGGAACCACUACUACUGCUUCUUCAUUGAUGCCUAAUGGCUUUAAUUUUGGAAGUCAAACUACAACCGUAUCAACUGUGACAACUACUGGAGGGGUUUCUUUUAGUAGUCCAGCAGCCACUAAUGCAGUGCCUCCGUCUGCCCCUGGUGGAUUUAAUUUCAAAGCCACAACUGCUACUCAAGCAAAUCCUGCAGGUGUCUUUAGUUUUGAAGUAGGGAAGGAGACUACCCCUGCUAGCACAACCUCUGGCACAUUUGUCUUUGGAGGCAAUUCAUCUGCUCCAUCAGUGGGUGUAAACUCUGGAGCUUCCACUACAUCUCCUCCAGGAGGUUUUAAUUUUGGUACAGUGACAGCCAAUCCUUCAAGUGCAUCAACUGCUACAGGAGGUUUUAACUUUGGGACUCAGAAUCAAGCUCCCAAACCUACAACUUCAACAGCUGCAGGGGUGUUUUCAUUCGGAGGACAAAAUGUUUCAUCCACAACUUCCUCAACAAGUGGUGGAUUUAACUUUGGAGGUGCUUCAAAUUCUACAGCAGGAGGAAGUUUCAAUUUUGGCAAAAGUAAUCCAUCUAUUUCAGCAGGAUCAGGGCUAUUUGGUGCUACUAUUACAUCAAAAUCAGACCUACCAAAGCCAGCCUUUACAUUUGGAGCAGUUACCCAGAACUCAUCAACUUCAUCCACCACAUUUGGACAACAGUCAGCUGGGUCUCAAUCAAGUUCAACAUUUACAUUUGGACAGACCACCACAGCUGCCAGCAGUGUGUUUGGGCAGCCAUCUGCUCCUCAGUCUAGUUCUGUCUUUGGACAAUUUCAGCCACCUGCUCAAACUUCUCAAUCCCAGACUCCAGCAUUUGGAAGCAACACUUCCCUCAGUACUUUUGGACAAUCCAGCAACACACAAGCAGUGUUUGGACAACCAGCAGGGUCUCAAACAAACACAGGAUUUGGUCAAGCUGUACAAGGAACAUCUGGUUUUGGACAAAGUACAAACAGUUCUGGUUUUGGACAGCUGCCAGCUCAGCCAUCCUUCAGCUUUGGACAGCAGAAUCCAAACACCCAGUCUGGGUCAGCAUUUGGACAGCAAACAGCUCCUCAGCCAUCUUUUGCAUUUGGACAGACGCCUUCAACCCAACAGACUACAUUUGGACAGCAGCAACCAAGUUUUGGACAGCAACCAGGCUCUGUUUUUGGACAGUCUCAAAAUCCUCCUGCUUUUGGGCAGUCAGUGGGUGCCCCAGGAUUCACCAAAUCUGCUAGUUCACCAAACUUUGGAACUUCUAGUAUGAAUGGUAGUGGCACAGGGUUCAACUUUGGUAUGGCAACACCAUUGAAAAACUCUCAGAGUUCAGCAGGAUCUACAACAUUUAAUUUUGGAACACCUCAGAAUAACAGUGCAACUCCAAACCAGUCCACUCCAGCAAAUCCAAGCAAAGGAUUUGACUUUUCACAAUCAUUAGCUCCAGGUGCAUUUAACUUUGGAGCAGGGGGAGGUAAUACCUCAUUUGGAACCCCAAGUGGAGGGCCCAUAACUCAGCCUAACUUUGGGACCCCUACAUUCAGUGUUGGAUCUGGAAAUACCGGUAAUCAGGCCAAGCCCCGUCCAAUCAGAAAACCGAUACGGAGAACAAGAAGAUAGAAUAUUAUACAGCAGACACAUCCUACCUGUCUUUCAUAUUUAGAUUUGUUUACAUUUGGCAGUUAGUUCUGAAUUUGAAAUGUCAUCUGUUUUAUCAAUCUGUCAGUGAUAAACAAGCCAGAGAUAUCACUGCUUUAAUUUUGGCACUUCACAAGAUCUAUGCCACAUGUACAUUCAUUUGGAUUUUUAAAAUGUAUCGGUGAAAAUACCAGAAAGAAAGAUUUUAUUCCAAGUUCUAAAUGAGAAUGGAAGGGGAAAAUGCAGAAUAAUGAGAAAAUUGUUGUCAUCUUGAGUGAAAAACUUUUUUUUUCUUUUUUUAUACUAUACCUGAUUAAAAAAUAUUAGAUGUAGGCAAUCAAUGCAAUUUUACCUGGUAUUGCUUUACAACUAAUUUUUUUUUUACCAGUAUACAUGUGUUGAUUUGUAUAGAGGAUGACAUUUGGAGUUUCAAAUAAGAAAUGCCUAUUUCAAGAUACAUGUAUUUAGAAGUACAUGUACAUUACAAGCUCCUGUUUGGGAUUAGAAGUACGCUAAAUUUAUUUGAAGCUUUAAAAUUAAUUGUGAUAUAACAUGCUGUUGUGGAUGAUAAAACAGGAUGUUUUAGAAUUCUACAACAUGUGAAUUGUUGGUCAAUUCAAAAUAAGUUUUAAUGCUUUUUGUGCAUGUGUCAAAUUGUUCACAAAUUUUCCAAUAUGGAUUUUCCCAUAAGAAAAAGGUGCUUUCAUUAUUUAAGGAAUAACUUAUUUUGAUUUUGUACCAAUGUGUCUUUUGUAUUGUUAUACUGUUCUAUCUGACACAUUAAUUUUUGUGAUGGUGCCAAAUUUAUAAUAAACUCCAUGUUACAGUGUGAAGCUCUAACAUGAGUAUUCUUCCCACUGUCAAACAGUGAUCAGCACUUAAUUUAUAUAUGUAAUAUAUUAUUAUUUACCUCACAAUUUCACAAAAGUUAGUGUUCAGAACCAUCUUCAUUAAGAUGAUUUUUUUCUCCAAUUUUGUAAAUAAAUCUUUAUUAUUAUCAUCAUAUACAACCUGUGGAAGUUAAAAAGCACUUACUGAGAGUGAAUUUUUUAUCUAAAGUUUAAAAUAUAUCUCAAAUGCUACAGUGAACAUGUAUUGCAGUUUUUUGCAUUAUGUAGCUGUGGAAAUUUGACCACACACUUUUACAGUGUAGUGCAGUGGAGCCCCAUGGAGCCAGACAACAAUAAGCCAGACGCUUCAAUUUCCUGAUCAGUUUUCUGGGAACAAAAUUAAUAUUUCUGCCAGUUGUAAAAAGUCCAUUUUAGUUAUCUGGAUGUUCUUUUAUCUGGACAAUUUUCUUGGGAACACAAGCGUCUGGAUUUACUAAGCAUGACUGUAUUUACUAACUAUCAGUAUACCUCAAGAAGAUCCACUGCAACUUGUUUAAUUCCAUUGGUACUCACAUUAUAAAAGGGUGAAUAUAAUGCUCAAACUCAUGAUUGAACAACUGUUGCAAUACCAAGUUUCCAGUCUAGUAAGACUUUGGAGACAGAUAUUGAUAUAUUCUCUGUGUGUGUUGGAGAAAAAUAAAACCUGUUACCAUUGAGGAAACACCAUUGUAUGGGGAAAUAUUCAACAGGAUGUUAAAUAAAUACGAGCUGUGACAACUGUA